CGGCCGGUUGCGUUUCUGUUGCUGGGCGAGAGGUAACUGCCCAGAUUGGGUUUUGUUAUUUUCAUUUUCUUUUUCAUUCCUCUUCUUUGUGCUCUGUGGUCUCUCCGGCCUAGGGUAGGAGCUUAGGUUUUCAGGCCUGGUUUGUUUUAUGGGUCGUGCGUGUUUCGUCGAUUUGCUUUUUGCGAGUGCUUGUGUUGUAUCCCGUGGGAUUUACUUGCUAGGUUGGAUUUACCUUCGAUUUGUGCUUACGAUUGUUGCUUUGUUCUUGCGGUAUUUGGUGCGUUGUCUUGCUGUUUGGGUACUUAUCGUUGGGUUGGGUCUGUAGUUGCGUGCAGUAGGGCUUGUUGGGUUGGUUUGGCUUCGGUUUGUGCCUGUAGUCUUUGCUUCGUCAUUGUGGUUUUUCAUGGGUCGUCUUGUUGUUUGGGUACUUAUCGCUGGGUUGGGUCUGCAGUGUUGCCCUUGUUUUGUUAUUCUUUGCUUGUUUGUUGUUCUGUAUAUGUUAUUUUAUGUUUUGGGGUAUACAAUGUGCAUACAUAUGUAACGGUGAAUCGCAUAAAUUCUCCCCAAAUUUUCCUUGCGGUAGGUCACUGCUUAGGUUGCCUAGCCCCGUUGUGAUCCCUGUGUUGUUGUUCUGGUGCAUCAAUGAUACAUUUUUUUUAGCGUUCUAUAUUUUCUGGGUUCAUUACUAAAUUUUUUGUAUACUAAAUUUGUGCUCUUUUGUGCGUGCUCUUGCGCUAAAAAAAUUAAGCCAGUAUGUUAUGGGUUGGGAAAAUGCAUUUGUUUGUGACUUUGUGCUGUUGGCUUGGACUUUUAGCUUCCCUUUUUCGGGUUUUUGUGUUUACCUGAUUUUGGAUUUUGGAUUUUAUGUUGGGAUGGUUGUGUACGUGCCGUUUGUUCGAUGGGACAUGACUAGCCAUGGUAGUAAUGGUUCCGCAGGGGUUAUGGUGUUGGUUUGGACUUUUAGCUUCGCUUUUUGGAGUUUUGAUUUUUUACUGAUUUUAGAUUUGGGAUUUUUGUGUUAGGAUGGUCGUGCAUGCGCCGUUUGUUCAGUGGGACAUAAUUAGGCAUGGUGGUAAUGGUUCCACAAGGGCAGGUGUUUAUUAUUUGCAAACUGCUCGGGGAGAAAGGGUGGUUUGUGCUAUUGCUAUUCCUGGUGAGGGAAAUCACAUGACAUAUAGACCCUUGGAUAGUUUUCUUGAGGAAUACCAUGCUUUGUUGCCUUCGAGCCGCAGUUUGGAAUGGAAUUUUAGGUUUCAGUUGGCUGCAUGGCUGGAUGGCAUUAUGUACUAUUCCUUCUUGCAGUGCAGUGAGGAAGGUGUAGGUAGUUGCUGGCAUUUGGUGCAUGCCAGUCCUGCUGAUGUUGUGCAGCGAUUGCCACAGGCGCUGUGGCAAUACUUCCUUCCUCAUGGUUCGACCAAAUGGAUUUUGGUUGCACAUGGAUAUAGGGUUUGGCCAGUUGAGGUUGUUGAUCGACAGUUUUGUGAUGGCUGGGAUAGAUUCCGUGAUGUCCAUAAGUUAAAAGCUGGGUACAAAGUUAUCUUUGCAUGUGAGCGUAGAUGGAUUUUCCACACUAUCAUUCUGGAUGAAAAUGAUGUGGAGGUACGCUUCCAUUGGUCAGGUGCACAUGCACACCAUCGGAGGCUUCAUCCGCCUUUAGCAGAUCUGCACACUUCUUGUUUACCUUCUGCCAUCUCACAUGAGCAGCCUGUGCUAAAAUUUGGUCAUCUCCAUCUUCCGGUUGUCCAGUUGUGUUCGGAAUUUGAGCUCCGGCUGAAGGAAACCUUCUGUGAAUUUGGUCUUGAAGAGAUGGUCAUUAAAAUGUCUCACCAUGCGUGGAGCGUGCCCAUCAAUGACCUGAGGCUUGAUGCUGGAGUGUUUGCCUAUUUCUUGGCUACUAUUGACUUGGAUUUCCUUUCUUAUCUUCUGGUUAUCAUGCUGCCUACUCUGGAAUUCCGAGUUGUUGUCUUCCUUAUGGCUGAAGACACUGAGAGAAUAUACAACUGGCUUUCGUGAUUGCAUGAUUUGGAUAGAUUUUGGGAGCUUACAUUUAAAACAAUGCCUUUGCCAACCCAGGCAACCAUUGAAGACUAUAUGCACUGUGCAUGUUUUGGGUAAUUUUCCAUGUGAAAGGUGUUGCAUUGAUGUCCCCGACGAAACUUUUGUUUGUGUUUAUAUUUUGGAUGGGCUCGGUGACUUGUCUGCCUGUGUGUAGCAAACUAUUUCCUCUGGUGUUUGGUUUUUGUGCUGUUUGGCCAUGCUGUGUUGUUUUCUCCACUUACAACAGUGUCUUUACUUCGUAAAUUACAGUGCUACUAAUUAGUUGUCUUCUGGGCACAUAUGUACAGUUUAAACAAAGCAAGUAUUGGUAUGGUAAAGAUGUAGGUGUUUG